AUGUUCAACCGUCGCAAAAGAAGCAGAAGCACUUCUCAUCGCCAGCCACUAUCCGGACCUGCAGCGCAAUCCGCCCAGUCCGCUGCCAGCCAUGCAUUCCUAAAAUCACAGCCAUCCUCCAACAGCCUCUCAUCGGCUGCUGCCGCUGCUGCCUUGCGCAAUCUCACACCCACCCCAACGCCAGUGGAAAAUGUCCAGACGAAACGGAUGGUCCAGCGACGGGCCUCGACCCAGUCGCCAACCAAUCUACAGGCCGGUCGUCGGUCUGUGAGUGUGAACGGUCCUCUGCGUCGAUCAAAUAGCUCGAGUUCCAUGACGGCAAGGACUUUUCGUGAGCCGUCGCCCCAUCGCCCAUCCACCAGCUCCGGCCCUGGCGAUAGACGUCACGUACCCGUCGAUGCGCCCCCGCUACCGUCUCUGCCGUCGAAAUUUACGCCACAAAAUGGCUCGGGUCGUCGUGCUGUCAGUAUGGAGCCCUCAAUGAGAUCCCCUCCGGCAUCUCCGCGACGGUCCGGUGUGCAUACAGGCGGAGAUCGAGGGCAGGCUGGUAGCCCGGGCGGCAACCGCAUCGCCAGUCUAGGCACAGUGCCAGAGACAGACCGACCGGGCAGCCGAAACUCUAUCAAUUUCUCCUAUCCGAUGGGCUCACGGCCGAUCUCGCCGACGUCGCCCGUGGAGAAUCGUCCAAUGAACCUGGAUGUGGCUUCGGUUCGCGAGUCGCCCGACGAGGGUUCUGCUAUGCAACAAUCUGUCUCCGAGAGGUCUGGCAAUUUGAAGAGUAGGACCCCUGCGGUGGGAAAUGCGGAAGAGACCCCUGCAGCUAAAGCCGCAGGUAUUGCGGCUGGUACCGCUUUCGCUGCUGCUGCUGCAUUAAGCCUGCAGAAAAAUAGCCCUCGCACGGAUACUAGCCAUACAAAGGCGGAGCCAGUAGGGCAGGGGGCACCGGCUCCUAGCUUGCAGGAACAGCGAAUUGAUCGCUCAGUUCCGGUUGAAGAGAGUGGUUCGGGUAGCGAACAACCUUCUUCCCGACCUGGGCUCGAUCGAUGGCCCUCUACGGUGCUCGAGGAAAAUGAGCCGAUGGAGGAGGUGAAAACCAGUGUUCCUACUAUUCAAUCCACCGGAAACCGAUUUGCAAGCGCAUCUACAGCAAUUGAUCACAGGGAGGCAGUGUCGACCCCACAGCCGUCUCCUCAGCCAUCCCCGAAGGCCUCAAGAGACACCACACCACAGCAAGAUGCGCAUCUUCGUCAGUCCAGCAGUCCCGGCCGGUCAGCCCGUUUCGCCAAAUGGCUCUCUGUGACUGCUGCUGGUGAUCAAGUUCAUGAGCCCCCACCACGAUCUGUAUCACCAGUCAAGUCGGCGUUGAAACACCCUCGUGGCAAUUCAUUGUCACCGGAUCGAAAGGUUAGCAUCGGCGGUCGCAUUGUACAGCCACCCAGCGAAAUCUCCGAUGGAACUUCGGUUGCUUCGGAUGAAGGUUCUCGGGUCGGUAUGAAGAAACGACCGGUCAAAGUGAGCUUUGAUGACGAGGCUGAAAUUGUUGGCGUCGCAGCCAGUCCGCCCACCUCUCCCGAAGAAUACGUGCCAGAAUCACCCCCGAGUAAGGGCAAGUCUCGUAUGAGCUGGUUGGGUGUCGGCAAGAAGCGAGCACCACUUGACUUUAUGACUGGGGAUGACGACUUCGAUGAAGUGAUGAAACCUCGACCAGCGCUCCCGUCUUUCGGCAGUGUCCGAGGCAACCGCGACGGUGGGCAUCCAGCUCCAGCAAUUCCGGACUUUAGUGACAAUGAGUCGACAAGCUCAUCAGACAAUGAUAUUGUGGCUCCCGGGUUGUCAUUUUCCAGUGACCAUGUCCUUGGAGGGAUGCUUCCUAAAGUUCCGCAAAGGGGACAUUCACAGCCUCACAGUGUCACCACCUUAGAGCAGCUUUCUGUCACUGGAGAUCCUUCACUUUAUCAGCAGAAGCCUGCACCAGAGGCCAAACUGGAUGGUAUCGCUCUUGAGAGCCCCACUGAUAAGUCAGCCUCCUCUGUCGUGAAUGCGAAUGCCGGUCUACCUGUUCCUGCUAUUGCCGUUGAGCCGGCUACACCUCCCGUAGACAGUGACCGACCAAGCUUCGAGCAGCGGUCCAGCUUGGAGUGCCGUAUUCCAGGCGGAUUCCCUGCAUCGGGCUCUGACCGCAAUCUCAAGAACACUACCUCCGCGCCUACUAUUGAUUUAUCAAAAGUGCAACAAAUCGCAAGCGCUGUUCCACACUUGGAUGACCCGGAUACCGAAGGCGAAUCGGGUGAUAGUGUCUACAGUGAUGCUGCCGAGGACAUUGAUGGCGACGGUUUCGGUUCUAUCAACGCUAUUGUUGACAGUGGACCAAUCCCUCGUUCACCAGGGCCUACCAGUCACAGUCGUGAUGCCACUCCAAAGGCAGUUGAUCGAGUUGCAGCUAUUGACAGUCAUUCGCAAGAUGUUACUAAUCAAGCACGGGAAGACCCUCGCUCUAUCACUCCUACUCAGGACUCCGUUAACCGUGAGAUGAGCGAGUCUCCCAUCACUCCUUCGUCCAAUCGAGGAUUCGAGUCGGCAUAUCCUCCACUACCACUCAAGCCGAAGCCUCAAGCUUCGUCUCCCAAUGGAACCAUUCGCUCGACUGUCAACAAGCAAGAUCGGCCCACCUCUUUCGCAUAUCGUGGAGACUCUGAUCUGCGGGAUCCUCAUGCUGUUUCCACUAACCCUGGUAAAGGCAAACCUCGACCAGUCUCUCUUGGAGCAGCAUUCCAAAUGAAGAAAUCGCAUGGCGCCGGAUUUCCAGAUCCCCUCCGCCGCACCACAUCCAAUGGCAGCGACUCUUCAAGCAGCUUCAAGCGUGCCAGCUCUUCUACCCGCAGUGAUGGCCCUUUUUCCAUGCGUCGGACCAUGAGGGGCAGUUCCACACAACCCCAGCUCUCGUCCUUUUCCGGCCGUGCAGACUCUCCUGAUGAUCGUCGGCCUCUUUCCUCUGGCUCGGGGGCCGGGACAAUGCGAAAGACACUACGAGGCCCCACCGGAGGCAACGAGCGAUAUUCAUUCUUCUCAACCAACAACAAAGCGCCUCGGGCAAAGUUCACUAAGGCACCCCCGAAAUCCAUGCGAAACUCACGCUUCGUGGAUUCGGAUGGAGAGGGUGAUGAGGCACCGGCUCAGGGCUUCCGCAGCCGGUUCGCCGACUCGAGUGAUGAAGAUGAACCCGGCAGCAACGCCAUGCGGCCUGUUCGUGGUAUCCCUCGCCGGCAAGGUAUCCACGACGGGGACUCAACAGACCUGGACGAUAGCUCUGAAGGGGAACGUCAGACACAAGCCGCAGCUGUGACUGCACAUCGACCGAAUCCCGCGCCACCGGGUUCUCGGGACAAGACCAGCCCCAACAUGUCUGGCUUCGCGGCAGUGGCCAAACAACGAGGGAUGACCCAACGAGAGCUGGAAGAAUUCAUCAUGCAGCCUCCACGAGGUCGGAAACCCGGUCUUCUCACUCGCCUUGGUCUGAAGAAGUCCAAGAACUCCGAUCAUCGCAUUCGCAAAGCCGACGUCGAAAGUCCGUCUCGAAGAGACACUCCGUUGGAACGAUCGCGGCUGGAACGUGAUCAGUUGCGCGGAGAGCCCUUCACGAACGGGGUGAAUGGUGACGGUGGCGUAGUGACUACAGUGACCGCAGAUCCGCCCGAACCAACCUCCCCACGCAAGCUGGGCCGGCGGUUAUCAAAGAGACACACCACCGGUGGUGACCACUGGCCCCUCCGUACGGAGCCAAGAACUGAGACGCCUGAGCCAAUCCCCGAGCAGAGUCAGAGCCUCCCAACGUCACCCCUGCAGUCAAAUAAGGUUGGGCCCCCAGUGACUAAUGCUGAGCGCAACGGCAGCGUCUCGGUUACUGGCGAAGCUGCCGGUCCCAUCCCGACUAUACAAGAGGAACCCGAACCUCCUCAAGCUGGGCAGGCUGGAGCAGAGAUCAAUGAUGCUCGCUCGGAUAUUACCAGCACGACAGCUGAAGAACCGGGUCUUUCAGCACGCGAUGUAGUGAUUGCUGGUUCUGGACGCAAGAAACGAUUCCCAUUAUUGCGAAAGGCCUUUGGUCUACGAAAAUAA